GGUGCUUAAAAACAUUGUCGAAUCCCACAUACUUAUUCCUAUUCGUGCAAUGCAUAUAACGGCUAUGUGAUUGUUUUGUAAAUUGAGGUUAUGUUCAGUGAGGUCGUUAUCGAUUUAUGUUGAAGUUUUGUUUUGCCUGCUGAUAAUUCAAAAAAUAAUAGAUGCUACUUAAAAUGGCAGGAGACACAGACAUGGAAAUGAAGACUGUUUCAGUUGAUAAUAUCAACGUCGAUAACUAUAGAAAAUUGGUGCACACAUAUUUAAAUCUGCACGCUUAUAACACUGCGUUAUUUUGGGCAGAUAAAGUAGUUGCUUUAACGUCAGGUAACCCUAGAGAUAUUUAUUGGUUAGCCCAGUGCAUGUUCUUAUUAAAACAAUUUCAUCGUGCGGCCCACCUUUUACGCUCAAAGAAUCUGGAUAAGACCUACAUUUUAUGUAACUAUUUGACUGUUCGUUGUUUGUUCGAAGCGAAUGAAUUGAAUGAAGCCUUGAAAGUUUUAAAUUCAAUGGAUUUGGAGGUAUUUUUACAAGCUGGUAAUACUUCAUGUAACACGACCAUGGAUGCGGGAAUGUUUGAUGAUACUCCCAAAUAUCAAGUGCAGUCAUCUGUGCUUCUACUAAAGGGAAAAGUACUUGAAGCCAUGGACAAUCGCGGACUUGCUUCUGAAUGCUAUAAGCAAGCUUUGCAGUGUGAUGUGUACUGUUUUGAAGCAUUUGAUUCACUUAUACGUUAUCACAUGCUUUCGGCCGCCGAAGAACAAGAAUUACUAAAUUCGUUGCCAAUAUCUCAGCAAUGCACAGCAAUCGAAGCAGACGUACUGCGUACACUAUACAAAAGCAAAUUAAAAAAAUAUAAUACAAUUGUAGGCCUAAUACCUAGUAAAACGUGCAAACCAAUAUACAAUAACACACCUCUGCAAACGUCCUUGAUAGUAAUGCACCGCAAAUUUGUCAACAUUUCUGACACUCCCAAGACAAGUACAAUGAACUGCACUCCAAAUUCGGAAGUACGAACGGAUAAAGUGGAAGAUACAAAAUCAGACCAAAUGGUUUUAGAUUCGCCUGAAAAUGGUAUACAAGUUCGUUUGCAGCAAAGCUUGGACUUGGCCGUGUCGCAGGCUGAAUUAUUUUAUUAUAAUUGCGAUUAUGUUCAGUGUAGUAAGAUAACGGAGAGCAUAUUAAAAGAAGAUCCUUAUCAUGCAUCAUGUUUGCCAAUACAUAUAUCUUGUAUGGUGGAGUUGAAGCAGAGUAACAAAUUGUUUACAUUGGCUCAUAAUUUGGUCGAUCUCUAUCCUAAUCUAGCAAUAUCUUGGUUUGCCGUGGGGUGUUAUUAUUAUGUAAUUGGAAAACGAGACUCUGCAAGAAGAUUUUUAGCAAAGUCGACUAGUUUAGAUAGAUUAUUUGGUCCAGCGUGGCUGGCAUUUGGACAUUCUUUUGCCGUAGAAAAUGAACACGAUCAAGCCAUGGCCGCCUAUUUUAAAGCGUCACAAUUAAUGAAGGGCUGCCAUCUGCCCUUGUUAUACAUCGGAUUGGAGUGUGGUCUAACAAAUAAUGUUCGACUUGCUGAACGGUUUUUUCAACAAGCGCAAAUUAUAGCUCCUGAUGAUCCCUUUGUAAUGCAUGAAAUGGGCGUCAUUGCAUUUCAGAAUUUAGACUUUGAAAUGGCCGAAAGGCAUUUUCAAGAUGCAUUGACCAGAGUAAAACCAAUUAAAGACUCCAUUGUACCGGAACGUUGGGAACCCUUAUUGAAUAAUUUAGGGCAUACUUGUCGAAAGUUGAAGAAGUAUAGUGAUGCUUUGGAAUAUCAUCAUCAGGCUUUGGUUUUAUGUCCCCAAUCCGCUAGCACAUAUUCGGCUAUUGCUUAUGUGCAUUCGUUGAUGAACAAUAUUGAAGAUGCCGUACACUGGUUUCAUAAAGCACUUGGUUUAAGAAGAGAUGACACAUUUAGCACUACAAUGCUUAAUUAUGUAAUAGAGCAAUUAUCUAUGGAGCAACCUCCAUACCCUGAUGCCCCAGAUUAUAUACCAGAUUUUGAAAUUGCUACCAAUGCUGAAGAAGAUUCCACCACAAAUGAUAAUGUAGGGAAUGCCUCGGAACGUCAAAUUACUGCUAGUGAUAUGAGUAUUGAAGUGGACCUUUAAGAUGUUAAAAGUUUAAUAAUAUAUGAAUAUUUUGAAUUAAA